CUGAGCGGAGCAGAGCUGAGCUGAGCAGAGCAGAACAGGCACCAGCUUGACAGUGUUACUAAGGCAUUUUGUCCACACUCUCUGAUGAAUGGCACUGUUGAAGGGAAAUAGCUAAUCAGCUGUCUGUAGGGACACAUUAUCCAUCCGGCUUUCGACUUCCCUGGAUGUAACUCACUCACUGACUGGAGCUUUGCUGUGUCUUCACCACCCUCACAAAUGCCCCUCCUCGAUGUCUAACUAACUGCCCUCCAUCUCACCUGAGAGGAGCAGAGGACCUGUAACAACCCCCACCCCCAAAAAUACUUCCACCUCUCCUCCUUCUCUUCCUCCUCCUCCUCCUCCUCCUCUCUACUGUUCACCUGGACAGAGCAGGCACAAGACAAGGGACACACAAUGGACUGCAGCUAUGCUCUCAACACUCAGAUAGUGUUUGCUGCUUGAUCUGCCUCUUUUUUCAGAGAGGAGAGGAAAAGAGGAGCGCAGAGAAGAAUUUGGAAUCAGGCUCUCCAGGAGCGUCUAAGAACUCCGCGGGAAAGAAGCCGGCCAAGUUUGUCAGGAUGAUUUUGGGAAGUAUCAACCGAACAGGGGCAGUCCCAACAUUUUUGCGGACCCCCACAAUGAUCCAGCCUCAUCUGGACAUGAAGACCUUCCUGCAGUUCCCCAUGGAAACGCCUCCGCCUCACAGUGUUGGACUCUUUCACAAUUUUAACACAAUGGAUCCUGUUCAGAAGGCGGUGAUCAACCACACCUUCGGAGUCCCACUGGUUAAGACCAAGCGCCCCAUCAUCUCCUGUAAUGUCUGCCAGAUUCGAUUCAACUCAGAGAGUCAAGCAGAGGCCCACUAUAAGGGGAACCGGCAUGCCAGGAGAGUGAAAGGCAUUGAGACCUCUAAGACUCGUCCACAGGAAAGUGACAAGCCUCCUCCCGGACCUACUUCCUCCCCAUCACCCCCAGGAGCCCCGACAGCCAAUACAGACACUGACUCCAGCAAAACAGAAGAGACGCAACCUGUUUCACAGCUGAGCAGGCCUGUGGUAGCGCAAGGGUCUGCGCCUGUGUCGGCUCCCCCUACCCCGGACUCCCCUGCUUCCUCUUCUGCUGCCCUCAUGCCAAGCCCUACCACUCCUCUUCCUCAGCAGCCUGCAAGCAGCUCCUCACCUGGUUGUGGGUCAUCGAACUCAGAGCCUGCUGGAGCACCAGGAGGGACUGCAGCUACUCCUGGCAAUGGAGAGACGGAGGAGGAUAAAGCCAAGAAACUGCUGUACUGCUCGCUGUGCAAAGUGGCCGUCAACUCUCUCUCUCAGCUGGAGGCUCACAAUAAAGGCACCAAACACAAAACCAUUCUCGAGGCUCGGAGUGGACUGGGUCCCAUUAAGGCGUAUCCUCGUCUGGGGCCCAAGCCCAGUGGAGAGAGUGGGCCUACAGACCCGAACACUCAGGAACGCACCUUCCACUGUGAGAUCUGCAAUGUGCGGGUCAAUUCAGAACUGCAGCUCAAACAGCACAUAUCAAGUCGAAGGCACCGGGAUGGAGUAGCAGGGAAGCCCAACCCACUCCUGAGCCGACACAAAAAGCACAGGGGUGCAGACCUCACGGAUCUCACCAAAGCACUGGGCGCUGGCCUCCUGCCCAGUCCUCUGGCUGUAGCUGCAGCGAUGGCAGCUGCCGCCUCAUCCAAUCCGCUAGCUCUCCGUGCCGCAGCUCCCACCCCACACCCUCAUCAUCAUCUAUUACAGGCCCCACACCUUAGCCAUGCUAUCCUGAGACCGGCCCCGGGGCCAAUCCGUACCUCACACGGGCCCAUUCUUUUCUCACCCUACUGACACACCCUUGUGCACUUCAGCCAGCCAGGAGCCAACUCCAAAAGCACACUGUGAAGAAACAAGUAGAAAACUAAAUAUCAAACCACACAGCAAUGACUAGAAUUAUCUCAUCCACACUCUGCUCAAUUAUAAAAAUGAAAAAAAGCUGGAACAAAAGGAAAUGGAGGACAACAAUGGGAAAAGAUCUGACAAGAUUUUUAUUCCUUCUUUCCCUGGCCCUAACCUUCUAUUUGCUUUGGAGUGACUGAGUGAGUGAUUAGCAAUGAAUAGAAAGAUGGUAUACAGUAAUUACUUCAGCUCAGCAUCUAUCUUUCCCUUCUUGUCACACACACACACACACACACACACCCUGUAAGACAGAAUCAGUCAGAUAGGAACCGGAUUGAAGAAACAAACUGCUGGUGAGUUGUAUAACAUGUAACAUACCCAAAAACGCACAUAUACUAAAAGACUACUACUUCUAACUGUUUCCAUAUGUACUGUGUACCACAGUACAAGUACUUUUCUCUUUGUCAUGUUCAGCGUGUCCUGAGCCCUAUGCACCUUGGAAAAAACAACAGAAACACAUUCUGUGAGUAGGAUAGCUGCUUCAAGUGAUCUCCUCUUUAAUCAAUCCAUGUCCUAUGACAUUCUGCCCUGUAAGACACUGUAUAGAAUCUUUACAGUGUGGAGAAGCAGCUCUGUAUAAUAUACGGAGAUCAGUCCCUUGGAAGAACUACGGCAUUCAAGAAGUGAGAAUACGACCAGAGGGGAUGUUGUGCCUGUGUGUGUGCGUGAACGUGAGUAGAAGGCAAUCUAGUUUCAUGGAAGUAUGCGGAAACAUACUCACAACACUAAGUGGGUACUACAGUUUGGAUUCCGAACAAACACUAACAUCAAAUCUUCCUGGGAGAAAAAUCCACCAAGUUUCAUCUUCUCUACAAGUGAGAGGAAGAUAUGAGCUGAUGAUCUGCUAUUUAGUAGAAAUCAACCUUCAGUUCCUAAAGGAAGACUUUAUUUAUUCUUGUGCAGUGUAGCAUAGUCCAAAACUUCCAAGUUGGCUGAUAUUGGUAGUAUUACAUAAACAAAAAAAAUAUAUAUACGUGUGUUAUAGAGAAGAUGGAAUAGCUGUUAGUAGGCUUAAUGAUGAUGGUGAUAGAUGGAUAGUGGGGUUCUUUCAGAGAAAAGUUAUAUAAAAGGGGUGUCCAAACUGCUUCCUAUUUAGCCUAUAUAGCUAUAUUUAUAUAAAUAGAUUGGCUUAAGAAUUAACUUUUACAUGUGACAUACGUACUUUGACCAGCGUGUGUCACUAUUGUGUCAAUUUGAAUCUACAAACUUUUCCUCUUUUCACAACGUUUUUAUGGUUAAUUCUACAGGUCUGUAUUACCAAUGUGUCACAAAAGACACCACAAAUUACUGUCAAAAAAGAAAAGGAAUGUAGAUACAUGUAUGCUGGCAAAAUGAGUACCGAAUCUGUGGUGGCUUGUCCAUAGAGGCAGGUGGGGCAGAGCCUGACAUUUAUAAAAAUAUAUUCAGCUAUAUAACAAACAUUAAUGCUCCCUUUUAAAUUCCACUAAAAUAGUGACUGUGACUAAUAUUGAGUGUUGCUCAAUCAAUAACAGAUUUGUUAUUGAUAUUUAAUAGAUAUAACCCACAUAUUUCCUUAAUGUUGCACAAUCAUGGGGCAACAUGUUCAUUUCAGCACUUGCUACUGCAUGUAGUGUGUCAAAAAUCUGUGUGAACUUCAAGAAGUGCUAAUAAGGGCCAGAAUUGGGCACGGAUCUCAGGGGAAGAACAGCAGACAAAGCAGGUAAUGAGGCUACAGUGGACCGUACAUCCAUGGGACCUUGUUUCACAGGCAUAAAAUGUGAAAAAAAAUAUGCAAAAUGUUCCUCCUGUUUCUAAUACUGAAUAUUUUAGGUUAGGUUUAAGUCUAUUAUGUUGAUGCUGAAACCUGGCAAUCGGGAGUAAUAAUAUUAGCUAUAACUCAUCUAGCAUACAGGAAACUGAACACAACUAAUAGCAAACGGUGUAAGUCAAGUGUGAUAGCCUAUCAAGUUAAUAGGUUAUAUUGUGAUUAAUGUUUUCAUGCCCACCUGACUCGACAGUCACAAGCCAUUGCUGGACUGAGCUCAAAGGAAAUUGUGCGUAUUUCAUUUAGAAUUCAGCUCCUGAGAAGGAAUAUAAUGAGCGAAUAAAAAUGCAUAUAACUCACCAUAUAAGAUCAACUAAAUGAAGAUGGAAUUAAAUAUUGGUCUAAUAAUUGUACUACUGCAUAUGUGGCCUGUAGCUGGUUAUAAUUUUCCCUAUCCUACAACCAAAAAAAAAAAGUUUGCACACCCCUGCAAUAUAAGCAAAGGUUUGGACUCGCACAGACUCCUGUCUCCAUCCCACCUCUCUACCUCUCUCUCUCUCUCUCUCUCUCUCUCUCUCUCUCUCUCUCUCUCUCUCUCUCUCUCUCUCUCUUUCUUUCUUUCUUUCUUUUUCUCUUUCUCUCUCACUCACUCACUCUCAUGUACCCAAGUUAUGCAACCUCAACAGAAAGGCCAGCAAUAUGAACCCUGAUCUUUCGUUAUCAUUUCCUCCUGCAUCCCAGCUAAAAAUCAAUCCUGAACUCUGUCACCUGUAUCUGUGAGGAGUGGAGGAAAGGACAACGCUUUAAGGAGAGGAACAGGGAAAUGAAAAAAUGGAAUGAAUAAUAACUUAACAGGAAGAAUCACAGUGACAUUGCAAGGAGACCUGACUGUUCUCCAGUUAUUUGGUCUGAACUUCCUAUCUUGAAUCUAAAGCCAUGCAAUGCAUAUAAUUUCUAUUCUUUUACUAUGGUUGAUUUUAUGUUAUUGUUUUGUAGUUGUGGUUAUUGUUUUUUUUUUUUUCCAUUUUCAUAAAACACUGUUUUAUUGAUUACAUAAUUAGUGAUGUGAAGACUGGUGGGGGAAAAUACAUCCAAAAAUAUUUUUUUGAGUCGAGAACCAUGGGAUGAAAUCCAGUGGGGAUAAAUAUUAAUUUAGAAAACAAGACCAGUUGAAGGGAUUUUCCAUAAGGUACUGAUGGACACACCUAAAGCCCUUCCAUGACAAGUGAUGCGCUAAAUGUCUUAGUUUUUGGAUAUUUUCAAUGCAAUAAGCAAUCAAAUUAUGUGACUUGCUCUAGAUGAACAUUAACCAAAUGUACAGAAUUCUGUAAAUUGAAUUGUGUGUGCCUACUGAUAGGAAUAUUUGUUCGUCCAUGGCGAUGUUUUCCUUCUCAGUGCAGCAGGAAGGGCUGUGAUGGACUCUCACUCGCCCUUCACAUAAAAAAAGGGCCUUAUGAAUCUUUGAUGGGGCACAAAAUACAGGAAAUCUGAGUGAAAUUGAUAUAUAGUCUGCCAUACUGUUUGCAUAGCAUAUGUAGCUAAGUUUCAAGAUUUCAUUGUUGCGUUUUUGUGUGUGGUCAGCAGGUUUCGUAAGUACAGUAUCAUUAUCAUGAUAAUGCCAUUACAGAAAUGCUAACCUGUGUUAGCAUCCACCAUUGUGCUUUGGUUAAAGUGAUCUCUAUUAGGAGAUGUUAGAGAUUUUAUUUUUAUCAUUAAUAGUGGGGCAGUAGCAAGGGUGCUAUAGUUCUUGUCAUUGUAUAUCUUCUAACAUUUGUGUGAAUAUCAGACAGAUUCCAUCAAGCAGGACUAAACGACUUGUAUCAGAGUGCAGCUGAUUGUAGUGCUGUGUUCACUGAUCUGCAGUAAACACCAAUCACACAGAAGCUUCAGCGAUGCCAUGUCAGGCUGCAAACUCCAAGGAGUAACAGCGAUUCACUUCCCAGCAUAGUCCAUAAGCAUGAUACGGAUACACUUAGAUCCAUCUGUGAACUCUAUAAAGAAUACGUUCAUCCUGUAGUCAUCCCCAGAAGGAGCAUUGUCAGUGUACAUAAAUGUUUGGGAGUCCUUUGUUAGAUUCAUCCAAUAUUUCAGGGCAGGUGUAAUGUUAGUGAUGAAGUGUGUUUUAGCCGUAGCCUUAUUCCACCCUAAGCCUCUACAGGAGCAGAGAAAAUGGAAACCCUGAGAAGCUUUUGGUCAAACCUUGUCUUGCCAAUAAAGUUAUUUUUGAAUUUGUCAGAGGGACAAAAAGAGUAUGUAUGGUGAACCGUAGCAAUAUACAACCCAUACCGGCUACUCUUGUUUAUUGCAAUAAGGAGAUCAAUCAAUAAAUGCAUAGCCUAUGUGAGUAAAAUACUAUAGAUGUAAUUUAAAUAAAACAGAACUUUAUGGAAAAUAUUAUUGAUAUUAAAAGAAACCUGGAGUUACCACAGGGAAAAAAAUGUCUAUAAAUCAAUAAAGACUAUUAAACCUAAUUCAAAUGAGUCU